AGGCAAAGCAACUUCUCAUCUAAGUUGGAAGAGUAUAGGCGUGCCUAGUGUACCUUUUGGGAGGAGUGUUGCGAUUGUCUUGAACAGGAAAGCAGGCGCGUCACGGGGAGCCGAGGAAGGAAACAAAGCACGAAAAAGUCUUUGAGGUGUUCGCGGCCCAGGCAGCAUGUCGGAUAAUGAGCAUGACCAUAAGCUGGAAAAUGGUCCCGCCAAAAUCAACGGGAAGGCGGCGGGGAAGAUCUCGAAAAAUCAAAGAAGGAGAGAGAAGAAGAAGGCUGCCAAGAGAAUGGCGCAUGAGUCCGGGGGGGGGCAUACCAACGGCAGCGUUCCCACUGCCUCCGGUGCUCCUCCCCCGGCGCCAGCGCCCGACGUCGAAAUCCAAUAUGUGUCGGCCGACCUGGAGAGCGAGUUGGCGGGUGAUGACCCGGCGCUGGAAGAAUUCAGGGAGAUCUUCAAGAAGUUUUCCACGGCGGAGGAGCUCUGUGGCACCAGCGUGGACGAUGAAAAAGGGGUUGACGAGGGAGGAGAGGGUGCGGGGGAGAAAGUUUCAGGCGGUGAGGGCCGGGGGGGGGAGGAGGACGAGGAGGAGGAGAAAACUGGGUCGCGUCUAUCUAGAAAACAACGGAAGAAGCUGAACCGACUGUCGGUGGCGGAGCUCAAGCAGCUGGUAGCCCGACCCGACGUGGUGGAGGCGCACGACGUGACCUCCCAGGACCCGCAGCUCCUCGUGCAGAUGAAGGCCUACCGCAACUCGGUGCCGGUGCCCAGACAUUGGUGCCACAAGCGGAAGUACCUGACGGGGAAGCGCGGCAUCGAGAAGGCGCCCUUCGAGCUCCCCGACUUCGUCAAGGCUACCGGGAUCCAGAAGCAGCGGGAGGCGAUGGAGGAGAAGCUGCGCCUGCAGACGGCCCGCCAGAAAAUGCGCGAACGUGUGAACCCGAAGAUGGGGCGGAUGGACAUCGACUACGCCGUGCUUGAGGACGCCUUUCUCCGCUACCAGACCAAGCCCCCCCUAACGCCGCACGGCGAGCUCUACUACGAAGGCAAGGAGUUCGAGGCGCGCACCCGGAACCACACCCCAGGCGUGCUCUCGGAGGAGCUGGUCAACGCACUUGGCAUCCCCCCCCUCUACCCGCCUCCUUGGCUCAUGAACAUGCAGCGGUACGGCCCCCCUCCCGCCUAUCCUGCGCUGCGGAUCCCGGGCUUGAACGCUCCUUUGCCCGAAGGGGCGAGCUUCGGAAUGCACCCGGGAGGUUGGGGGAAGCCGCCCGUGGAUGAGUACGGGAGGCCUUUGUACGGGGAUGUGUUUGGAGUGCUGGGAGGGGGCGACGGGGGGGCGC